AUGCGCAUAUUCUUGAACAUUUCUCCACCGUUAUUGAUGGAGCCAAGAUGGUUUGCUAACCAUGUUGCCUAUACGAUGGCAAAGUACGGUAUGUCAAUGUGUGUGCUCGGAAUGCAUGAAGAAUUUCGGUCGUACGGGAUUGCUGUCAACGCAUUGUGGCCUCUGACAGCUAUUUGGACUGCAGCUAUGGAGAUGCUCAGUGAUGGCGCUGGUGCUGCUGGCUCACGGAAGGUAAGAUUACUAACUUUUCUGAUGUACUAUAAGUGA